ACAAACAAACGGAAGAAGAAAUCCAGGUAUCACAAGUUCAGAUGUUUGUCCUCUAUGCCACAGCAACUUUCUUGAAAAUGGCAAAAUGUAUUUGAAUGAGGAGCCACCAUUUAGAGACCAUCUAACUCCUUUUUCAGUAUCCGCCAUUACCCUUUAGACUUCUCCACUCUUCAGUAACUCUCACCAACUAACUCCAAAGAUCAUUUGUAUGUGAAACCAGUUGUAGACCCUGAAAUGGCCAAAUCUUCAUCGAAUCCUGUAGUUGAAUUGAAUGGACAGGAAUUCUGGCCACUUUCUGGGAAACCAUACUUUGACGUCAUACUCACGAAAUCACAUGUGAAACCCAUUUACCAACUGGGGAUCCCAGCCAAACUUGAACCAGUACUACCCUCUGGUUCAAUACAUACAGUUCUCACAUUUGGGGCUAAGAGCUGGGAGAUGACCUAUAAUGGAGAAAAACGUCAUAAACAAUUCGAUCGAAAGUCAUGGGGAGCAUUUGUCGAUGAAAACAAUUUGAAGGCUGGAGAUGGAUUGGUGUUUGAACUCAAGGAGUGCAAUAGCACACAAAUAGGAUUCAGAGUCCAAAUCCUGAGAGGUGACAUCCCUGACGAACUUCUAGAAAAGGCCAACUGUGAGGCAGAGAAACCCAUUUUCAUACAAUGAUACUGCCUUUCCAUGGAUGGUUUAUCAUUCUCCUGUAUCACAUUAAUGGCCAGGAGCUAAUAUAAUAUAGGGAACUCAGUAGAGCGUAUUGAGAGUACUGCUAGAUUUUAAUAUUUUUAGAUCUAUGGGUUUGAUGUCUAGGUUCUGUGGUGUAAUUUGACAUGAUACCAUUUUAGUUACAUGAGCAUUAAUGCAUGUAUACCUUCAGAAAAAUGCAAUUGUACUCGUGUUCUUAAUUAUCACCAAAGAGAUUGGUUUUUAUUUUCUUCUCAUAUCAGAGGAGAUGGGUCUUACUUCA